GAGCAGGGAGGUGAGGGAGGAUGUCUGCGCGCGUGCCGAAGAAAGGUGGGAAGAAGCUGGUUGCGGAGGGUGUGAAGAAAGCCGAUAAGAAGCGGAAGAGGAGCCGCAAAGAGUCUUACUCUAUUUAUGUCUACAAGGUGUUGAAGCAGGUCCAUCCGGACACGGGCAUUUCUUCUAAGGCUAUGAAUAUUAUGAAUUCCUUCGUGAGCGACCUUUUCGAGCGCAUCGCCGCAGAGGCGUCCCGCUUGGCUUUAUACAACAAAAGAUCGACCAUCAGCUCAAGAGAGAUCCAGACCGCGGUGCGCCUGCUGUUGCCUGGGGAGUUGGCGAAGCACGCCGUGUCCGAAGGCACUAAAGCUGUCACCAAAUACACCAGCUCUAAGUAAAGCCCUGCGUGCUGUGGCUGUGUUAAGGUGAAACCAUCCACCGAAUUAAGACCCAAAGGCCCUUUUAAGGGCCACCCACUUACCUCAUAAAAGAGCUGCUCAUCGUAAGGGAAACUAGCCUAAUCAGGUAUCAGAGGGGUGGCGGUGGAUUAGUUACUGAUCGAGAUUUCAUCAGUUAAAUGUUCAUCAUUCCUGACCAUACAGAAUUGAUAAAAGCAAUAUUGGGAAAGGAAACGGGUGAAAAAGUUAAUUCUUAACAUAUCCACAUAUUGUGGCAAUUAGGUUUGUCUUAUAAAAAGGUGGUUUACGUGCUACAAAUUCUUUGCAUAGCAGAUACCCUAAUCCCUUAAUAACCUUGCGUUUUAUAUUGAAAUACCGGAAUCAAACGCAGCUGGAGAAUUUUUUUUUAGAAACUUUAACUUGUAUUUAUGAAUAUUGCAAACAGUUGAAACGUUUUCAUUUGCAAAGGACUUGGAUACCAAGGAGUCUUCAUUUCCCAAAGACUGGAAAAAACAGCAGCCCUAAGGCUGUAACGAAGCAAAAACACCACAAUCCGAAUUGAAAGGGGAUGGGGAAGGAAUA